ACAGUGCCUGGUGAGUCGGGGGUUUAUUGAAGAAACAAAAUGAGGAGACUGGGUUUGGUCAUGCUAGUUCUGCUGCUGCUGACAGCAGUGCAAGCUGAUGACACAAAGGUUCAAGGCUGGACCUGUGGCUACAGAGGGGCUUGCCGCAAGUACUGCUAUGCCCAGGAGUACAUGGUUGGCUACCAUGGCUGCCCACGCAGAUUAAGAUGCUGUGCUUUGCGUUUCUAACCUGGCAUGAUACAUGACUGCAGGAGAUCAACAUAAACAAUCUGGAGCCAAAUUCUGUGACCUUUUUUUUUUAUCAGAAUGCAUUUGGGAACUAGGAAUAUUAACCUAUACUAUAACUGCUAUGAGGAUCCCGUUUCAUAUCAAAAUAGUGCAUUAGUGCUUCCUAACAAGGGACUAGUCUCUGUUGAGGCAAGCACACAUUCAGUAUGAACAUGUAAUGCAUCUCUGCUUAGUAUUGGCUUUAAUUGGAUUAGAGAAGUCAAAGCAGCUCUAGUUUUAUGGUUGUCACGCCAUGCCCGGCAUUGUGAAGUUCCAGGACAAUAACAAUUCACUUACCCAAAUUCUGUCUGUUAGCACUAUGCAUACCAUUAAAAUAAUUUUAAAGUUUGUUGUUCAUAGAUAUUACUGGUGUGAAGAAAAUGUUUGAAGCUUUUUCCUUGUGAACUCUUAUAUUUGUGACAAGACAUCUGAUUAAUUGUAUUCCAUUCAUUAUCUAACUGUAUUAGUUCAAAUACAAUAAAAUACUUUUUACUGUU